GGCGCCGCGCUGUGCCUGCGCCUGUGGCUCUGCCUCGGACUCCUCGACGGCGAGCGCGGCCUGGUGAGUGGCUACUCCAUGAGCCCCCCGACCCUGAACAUCACGGAGGAGACACACGUCAUUGACUCCAACGACAGCCUGUCCAUCUCCUGCAGGGGGCAGCACCCCCUCCAGUGGGCCUGGCCAGGGGCUCAGGAAGCGCCAGCCACGGGGGAAAAGGACAGUGAAGACCUGGGGUUCGUUCGCGACUGCGAAGGCACGGAUGCCCGGCCCUACUGCAAGGUGCUGCUGCUUCCCGAGGCCCACGCCAACGACACGGGCAGCUAUGGCUGCUACUACAAGUACAUUAAGGCCCGCAUCGAGGGCACCACCGCGGCCAGCACCUAUGUGUUCGUAAGAGACUCCGAGCAGCCAUUCGUCAACAAGCCAGGCACGCUCCUGGUCGACAGGAAGGACUCCAUGUGGGUGCCCUGCCUGGUGUCCAUCCCUGGCCUCAACGUCACCCUGCGCUUGCCAAGCUCAGUGCUGCGGCCCGACGGGCAGGACGUGGUGUGGGAUGACCGCCGGGGCAUGCGGGUGCCCACGCCGCUGCUGCGUGACACCCUGUAUCUGCAGUGCGAGGCCACCUGGGGCGGCCAGGCCUUCCUCUCCAACCCCUUCAUCGUGCACAUCACAGGCAACGAGCUCUAUGACAUCCAGCUGUUCCCCAAGAAGUCGAUGGAGCUGCUCGUCGGGGAAAAGCUGGUCCUGAACUGCACCGUGUGGGCCGAGUUCAACUCGGGCGUCACCUUCGACUGGGACUACCCAGGGAAGCAGGCCGAGCGGGGGAAGUGGGUGCCCGAGCGGCGCUCCCAGCAGACCCACACGGAGCUCUCCAGCAUCCUCACCAUCCACAACGUCAGCCAGCACGACCUCGGCCCGUACACGUGCGAGGCCAACAAUGGCAUCCAGCGGUUCCGGGAGAGCACCGAGGUCAUUGUGCACGAAAAACCCUUCAUCAGCGUCGAGUGGCUCAAGGGCCCGGUCCUGGAAGCCACGGCAGGAGACAAGCUGGUGAAGCUGCCCGUGAAGCUAGCUGCGUACCCCCCACCGGAGUUUCAAUGGUACAAGGACAGAAAGGCCGUGUCGGGGCGCCACAGUCCACAUGCCCUGGUGCUCAAGGAGGUGACCGAGGCCAGCGCAGGCGAAUACACCCUCGCCCUGUGGAACUCCAUGGCCGGCCUGAAGCGCAACAUCAGCCUGGAGCUGGUGGUGAACGUGCCUCCCAACAUCCACGAGAAGGAGGCCUCCUCCCCCAGCAUCUACUCCCGCCACAGUCGCCAGGCCCUCACCUGCACCGCCUACGGCGUGCCCCCUCCGCUCAGCGUCCAGUGGUACUGGCGGCCGUGGACCCCCUGCAAGACCUUCGCCCAGCGCAGCCUCAGCCGGCGGCAGCAGCGGGACCGCAUGCCACAGUGCCGGGACUGGAGGGAGGUGACCACGCAGGACGCUGUGAACCCCAUUGAGAGCCUGGACACCUGGACGGAGUGUGUGGAGGGGAAGAAUAAGACGGUGAGCAAGCUGGUGAUCCAGGAUGCCAACGUGUCUGCCAUGUACAAAUGCAUGGUCUUCAACAAGGUGGGCCAGGACGAGCGGCUCAUCUACUUCUAUGUGACCACCAUCCCCGACGGCUUCAGCAUUGAGUCGGAGCCCUCGGAGGAGCCCCUGGAGGGCCAGGCGGUGCGCCUGAGCUGCCAGGCUGACAACUACACGUACGAGCAUCUGCGCUGGUACCGCCUCAACCUGUCCACGCUGCACGAUGCCCACGGGAACCCCCUGCUGCUCGACUGCAAGAACGUGCACCUGUUCGCCACGCCGCUGGCCGCCACCUUGGAAGAGGCAGCGCCAGGGGCUCGCCACGCCACGCUCAGCCUGACCAUCCCCCACGUGACGCCUGAGCACGAGGGCGACUACGUGUGCGAGGUGCAGGACCGGCUCAGCCAUGACAAGCACUGUCACAAGAAGUACCUGUCGGUGCAAGCCCUGGAAGCCCCGCGGCUUACGCAGAACUUGACGGACCUCCUGGUGAACGUGAGCGACUCCCUGGAGAUGCGGUGCCCUGUGGCCGGCACGCACGUGCCCAGCAUCAUGUGGUACAAGGACGAGAGGCCGCUGGAGGAGAAGUCCGGGAUCGACCUGGCGGACUCGAACCAGAAGCUGAGCAUCCAGCGCGUGCGCGAGGAGGACGCUGGCCGCUACCUGUGCAGCGUGUGCAACGCCAAGGGCUGCGUCAACUCCUCGGCCAGCGUGGCCGUGGAAGGCUCCGAGGACAGAGGCAGCAUGGAGAUCGUGAUCCUUGUCGGCACCGGGGUCAUAGCCGUCUUCUUCUGGGUCCUCCUCCUCAUCAUUUUCUGUAACAUGAGGAGGCCAGCCCACGCAGACAUCAAGACCGGCUACCUGUCCAUCAUCAUGGACCCCGGGGAGGUGCCCCUGGAGGAGCAGUGUGAAUACCUCUCCUAUGACGCCAGCCAGUGGGAGUUCCCCCGGGACCGGCUGCACCUCGGGCGAGUCCUGGGCCACGGCGCCUUCGGGAAGGUGGUGGAAGCCUCGGCGUUCGGGAUCCACAAGGGCAGCAGCUGCGACACGGUGGCCGUGAAAAUGCUGAAAGAGGGCGCCACAGCUAGCGAGCACCGCGCCCUGAUGUCGGAGCUCAAGAUCCUAAUCCACAUCGGUAACCACCUCAACGUGGUCAACCUCCUGGGGGCGUGCACCAAGCCUAACGGCCCCCUCAUGGUGAUCGUGGAGUUCUGCAAAUACGGGAACCUCUCCAACUUUCUGCGCGCCAAGCGGGAGGCCUUCAGCCCCUACGCAGAGAAAUCCCCGGAGCAGCGAAGGCGCUUCCAGGCCAUGGUGGAGGGUGCCAGAGCCGACAGGAGGCGGAGGCCGGGGAGCAGUGACAGGGCCCUCCUGACAAGGCUCCUGAUGGGCAAGGGCGAGGCGGGGCGGGCCACUCGGACCCAGGAAGCCGAGGACCUGUGGCUGAGCCCGCUGACCAUGGAAGACCUUGUCUGCUACAGCUUCCAGGUGGCCCGGGGCAUGGAGUUCCUGGCCUCCCGCAAGUGCAUCCACAGAGACCUGGCUGCGCGGAACAUCCUGCUGUCAGAGAGCGACGUGGUGAAGAUCUGCGACUUCGGCCUGGCCCGCGACAUCUACAAGGACCCCGACUACGUGCGCAAGGGCAGCGCCCGGCUGCCCCUGAAGUGGAUGGCGCCCGAGAGCAUCUUUGACAAGGUGUACACCACGCAGAGCGAUGUGUGGUCCUUCGGGGUGCUGCUCUGGGAGAUCUUCUCCCUGGGGGCCUCCCCGUACCCCGGGGUGCAGAUCAACGAGGAAUUCUGCCAGCGGCUGAAAGAGGGCACCCGGAUGCGGGCCCCGGAGCUGGCCACUCCUGCCAUACGCCGCAUCAUGCUGAGCUGCUGGUCUGGAGACCCCAAAGAGAGGCCGGCGUUCUCAGAGCUGGUGGAGAUGCUGGGGGACCUGCUCCAGGGCGGGGGCCGGCAGGAGGAGGAGGAGGACUGCCUGGCGCCCUGCAGCCUGAGCUCGGAGGAGGGCAGCUUGCAGGCGUCCACCACAGCCCUGCACGUCGCCGAGGCCACCGAGGAGGGCAGCUGGCCGAGCCUGCGCCCGCACAGCCUGGCCGCCAGAUACUACAACUGUGUGUCCUUCCCGGGGAGCCUGGCCAGAGGGACCCAGGGGUCCUCCAGGAUGAAAACCUUCGAAGAAUUUCCCAUGACCCCAACGACCUACAAGGCCUCGGUGGAUAACCAGACGGACAGCGGGAUGGUGCUGGCCUCCGAGGAGUUUGAGCAGCUGGAGAGCAGGCACCGGCAGGAAGGCGGGCUCAGCAGCUGUAAAGGACCCGGCUGGAGCGCCGAGGGGACCAGGGCACACCCCGAGCCCCAGGGGCGGCGGCGGCGGCCUGACCGGGGGCCGCAGGGCGGCCAGGUGUUCUACAACAGCGAGUACGGGGAGCUGGCCGGGCCCCGCGGCGAGGACGACUGCGCCCCAUUGACCCGCGCGCCCUUCUUCGCAGACAGCAGCUACUGA